GCCAUACUUGAUAAAACCCAUGCAAAAACACACGCAUCACACCGGUCACUGACUUGAGGCCAGCAACCAAUCCAACGGACGAUGGUCGCGGCGCAUCGAAGCAACGUAGCCACGAAGAGCACGAUUGCCGCGCUCGAGCACGCGUCGGCCGUCGCCGAGAUGCGCCGCAGCUGCCACCCCGUCGCGGCCGACGUUACUGUCGUGGUGGUCGAGACCGAGCCUACGGUGGCAAUGCUGGUCGAGGCCACGCCCGUCGUGCGCGCCGCCAGCAGCGCGAAGCCCAUCGACUCGUCCACGCAAAAGCCUUCAAGAAAGAAGACGAAGCCGAAGCCUACGAAGAAGAAGCCGAAACCCGUGGGCGCCAAGGCCGCGUCGGAGCGGCAAGACUGCUUCCGAACGGCCAUCGAGGGGGCGGCGAAGGUCCUUGAGCUGCAAAUGGAAGCGUUCGAGGAAGAGGAGCUUCAAGGCUUCUUGGUGGCCAACGGCUUGAAACCCGGCGGUGCGCUGCCGUCGGCCGGCUUUGCGAUCGACGCCGCGGCGUACAUGGAUCACAUCUCGAUCAGCCUCUUCUCCAACAAUCUCGCUGCAGACCUCAAGAAGUACUGCCGUCCUCCGGGCACAUUCCACGUGACGACGAUGGAGCACAACUAUGUCGAUCCUAUCAGCGGCGAGCGCAUGUGCAUGCAGCACACGACGUGCGUCCACGCCAAGCACAAUGACAAGUCGCUCGCGUUCCGGUAUUACGAUCCAGAGGCGCGCAACAAGUGGCGUCCUCUCACGAAAAAUACCUUCAAGGCUGGCACGCAAUUGCGCUGGAUUCGUCGCGUCAUUCCUUUACGCGAUCGCACAACGGACGACGAGUAGUUGAAUAACGACAUGCAUAACUUUUACUCGUA